ACAGAGGGCGGUGCUUGAGUGCGGAGUGACAGCACCUGUGGUAAGAGCUUCUCGGACCUUUGGAUCUCUUAGGACAGCGCUUCCAACGUGACCCCGCCAUAGCCACAGCAGCACUAAUUAGAAUUGGUUCCAAACCGUGGUGGGCGCACACCUGUAAUCUCAGCACUCGGGAGACAGAGGCAAGCGGAUGUCUGAGCACUCGGGACAAAACUUAUGUUCUCUGUCUGUGCCAGCAUCUUCACUAGGCCCAGUCGGAAUCCUCUCUGGGGGUGGAGAAGCCAGUGUGUUGCCUGCCACAUGAACCAUUAUCUGGGCAGACAUGGAGCUCUGCUGGGUCUUCUGGGGGCUUAUCUUGUGGCUGAUGGCUCCCUGCCUGGAUCUGACACACGAAUUGGCACCCCAGCAGGAAUGGACAUAUAUGGUACCACAGCAAUGUAACUGCUUGUGCUUCAAAUUUGGAGAGCGUGGCUGCCCUUCAAAACCUCACAACUGUUCCACCUGCAACCACACAGCUGGAGAAGCAUGUUAUGAGAAGACCAUGGGGUACUGGAGGACAAAAGUUCUCUGGUGGCUGGGCAUGGACUCAGUGAGCAAGCAUGAGACAAUGUGGAAGAAGCCAUCAGAAGUGACUCCCAAUUCCCUCCUGCACCAUUUUGAUUUCCACUGUGUGUCCUGUGACAUGCUGGGGCAUUCUGGCCUCAGCAAUAUCAACCAAUUAAUUUACAUGGCUUUCAGGAUGAAUCAGGCCUCCAGUCACAACUCCGAGGCAAAGAUGAGGAGCCAAAGUGCAGGAGCCUUCAUCUGUCCCAGGAACUCCAGUCACCAGGGUUCCUGGGGGCAGCACUGGUUACUGCAGCUUGCUGAUCUGGUGCCCCAAGUGACAAGAUUUUGGAAGAUGGUCUGAUUCCCUAGAGGUACAAGAUAGUAAAGACGAGGCCACCCUCUCUGGAUUUGGAUCAGAACAGCAAAGAAAGAACGAUAAUCAGACCAAGGCCCCCAGAAGGAUCUGUGCACAUGGACUAGAGAUGCAGAAAUGGAAGUUGCUUGUCAGCCUAAGAUGGGUAGACAAGGCCACCAUUCCCAAGUGACAACGAGCUGAAUGCUGGGUUUUUAAUUAAUCACAGCAGUCAUGCAACUGUGAAGACAUUCAUGGUAAAGAUAAAAUAUCAGUCUGGUUCUGAAUAAAAUCUUGGUCUGGU